AAGAACGUAACGUACGUGGCUGCUCUAUGCCUAUAUAACAUAGCCCAAGAGUGUCGUGUUCUAGUGUGAUUAAGUAAAGUUAGAGAGAGAGAGAGAGCAAGAUGAGAGGAUCUAAUCAGAAGAUUCUACUGAUGAUGGUUCUGGUGGUUUUAGCCACAGCUCGAGGUGAAGAGACUGGUGGCGGGUUCGUGACAUGGGCAAACAACUACUACCUGACAUGGGGACAUCAAGCUUUGGUUAUUAAUAAAACCUCUGAACUCCACCUCACCCUCGAUCAUAACUCUGGAUCCGGGUUUGAAUCCCAAUUAAUAUACGGAUCAGGAUACUUCAACGUAAGAAUCAAAGCACCCCAAACCAAGUCUACGGGAGUCAUUACUUCCUUCUACUUAAUCUCUCGUUCAAGCCGCCAUGACGAGCUCUGUUUCCAGAUAUUGGGAAGGAAUGGGUCACCGUAUUUGCUGAAUACGAAUAUGUAUCUGUACGGUGUAGGAGGAAAGGAUCAAAGGUUCCGUCUCUGGUUUGAUCCAACCAAAGAUUACCAUUCCUACAGUUUACUUUGGAACCCAAAUCAACUUGUGUUUUAUGUCGACGAUACACCAAUCAGGGUAUACAGGAAGAAUCCAAAUGUUUACUACCCAUCGGUGCAGACAAUGUUCCUAAUGGGAAGUGUAAAAAACGGAUCGGUUAUUGACCCAAAGCAGAUGACUUACGUUGCUAAGUUCCAGGCAUCAAAGAUUGAAGGGUGUAAAACUGACUUCAUGGGAAUAGAUAAAUGCACUGAUCCUUCAUUCUGGUGGAAUCGCAAACAGCUAAGCUCUAAAGAGAAGAAACUGUACAUAAACGCAAGGAAGAUGUACCUGGAUUAUGACUAUUGUUCUGACAGACAGCGAUAUCCAAAGGUGCCUCAAGAAUGCGGAAGUUACAGUUAGAGAAAGAUCAAUACCUGUCAAAGGGUUAAGAGCCUAGAAAACAAAAAUCUUGAGAAACAAAAAAAAAACUUAUGUUACUGUAACAUGCUAUAUAAUAAGCUGUUUCUUUCAUUUAAUCAUCAACUAAAAUAACAUAUAUUCUUCGCUGCUAGUUCCAUAUUA